CUUUUAAGGUCUAGUAAGGUUACUAUAUCCUUUACAUAAGGAUGGAUAAGUCUGAAGAAAAAUUUCCCUCGGACACUCGUAUUGUCUUGAAGGGUCCCAAUGGUGAUUUCAAAGUGGACAAAACCAAGUUUAUGAUUGUUCAAUGUAGUGAUGGGAAAUACGUUGAAGUUUUGAUCGAUCACGCAAAUAAAUGUCCAUUUAUUACUCCUACAAACGAGGAUGCCAUAUUCUCAUUUAAGUAUCCUGCACCAGUCCUUGAACUUAUUGUAAGAUGGACUUCCAAAUAUGGUUUGGAAGGGACUGCAAGCAGUAAAAUGAUCCGGCCUUGUAUUUAUCGUGAUUUUUAUUCUGUUCUUACAGAUGAUUGGGAUUAUGAUUUUUUUAAUCGUCGAUUGUGGACAUCGAUGAAUUUAAAGUAUUUUAUAAUAACAAUGAAUGCAGCAGAGGAAUUCAAUAUAAGAGGAUUACUGGAUUUAUUGGAAGUUGCUCUUAGCUGCAAGAUACGUGGUGAGGAUGAAUCCACAAUUAUUAAGGGAGUUAUGAGAAUUGAAGAGGAUGUAGAAAUAACAGAUGAACUCCUUAAUAAAGUUUAUAACACAUAUCCCUGGUUCGAAGCUCAAAUUACUCCAUCAUGAUAAUUUUCCAAGAAAAAAGGUGAAAUAAAAUGUGGUUAAUAAGUAAGAAGGGUUCAGAGCAAAGGAAUAGAUACAACACUACAGGUCAUUUUACUGUGUUGUCUAUUUAAAGAAAUUGAAAAAUGAAAAGAAAUUUAAUAAAGAAAUAUAUGACGUUUCUUUGAAGUAUUUAUAUACAUGUUUUUAUU